CUUGAUCAUCAUAUUUAUUUCCACAUAAAAGCAACAGAACUGAGAUUAUAUCAUGUUUAUUAGCAACACAGCACGUGCGUGUGAAUAACGAGAUGUCUGCCUUUGAUCUCGUUGGUAUCUUCUCCACUUGGAGAGGUCUUAUUUCACUCCUUCCCUCACUGCAGCCAGCUACUCUCGCCUACAUUUCAGGCAAAGGCGAGGUGCAUCUCAUACAAGCCUAAUGUUUAAAAAAUGCACAUCACAUCGGGACUCCUUCAUUCUAUUCCAUUAUGCAAAUUGCGUUCCAUUUCCAUGACGUCACACAGCAGCCGUGAUGACGCUGAGUCUUUCUGAGGAUUCAUAUGCUAUUAGGAGUAUCAUCGGUGACAGACGCUAAUUUUCUGAGUGAAUUUGCAACACAGAGAGUUAGUCUAGCUUUAGUCAAAGAGACAGCACGAGUGAAAUUAUCUUUUGACAAAAGUCUUCAUAUCUAAACGCACAGUGUGCAGACUUUACAGUCUACAGAGUCUACUACACAAAGUGCAGAAUUGCAGAUAAAUUACCACAAUGCACACAUUUGAUACAUUUACACAGGACAAUAUGUCUUCAAGAUUAUCGUCCACGUCUGAGGAGAGCGUAGAGACUCAGUUGAGUCUUGGCUCUCAGAGUGUCACGGAGGCCCCUCCUGAGGAGAAGAGCUCAACAGUUUCAGAAAAGCAUGGCAGCAGGAGGAAGAAGAACAUAAUUUCGUCUUUCUUCAAGAAAGUACGUAAGGCUGUGAAGCUUCCCUUCUGCUCCAAGAACACAGUGGACUGUCAACCACAGCCGGACCCACAGUUUGACAACUCUACACCUAGCCUGGAAGGGCGAAGUGAUGCCGCUUUAUCCAGUUCGGAUAGCUGCCCAGAGCAGUCCAGCUUUACACUUCCAGGUGAAGUGCUUGUUGAGCCAGUAGGGGCUUCAGCUUGCCUGAACCUAAAGACAUUAUCCAGAUUAGAUGACUCUACACCUAACGUCAUCUCUGAGGACAGUACAGAGAGACUGAAAUUGGAGGCUUCAGUUACAAAAAAGGGUACAGAAGAACAUAGGAAGAGGAGAGGAAUCCACUCUUUCUUCAAGAGCGUGUGGAAGGCUGUGAAAAAGCCUUUCUGCUGCCAGGACAAAGUGGAGCCUUUUGUUCCUCCACCAGAACUGGAUGAUCCUGAGCCGUCACCUGUCCCAGAGUCUUCAGACUGCGCCCCCACUAAUGAAUCCCUUCGCUCUCGCUAUAAAGUGCAAAAGAUUAUUGGAGAAGGAGGCUAUGGCAAGGUGUAUGAGGGAAUCCGUAUUUCUGAUGGCAAAAAGGUUGCCAUCAAACGUAUUCAAAAGACUGUACGGGAUCAGUAUCUUCAAACUGCUGUGCAUCCCAAACCUCUUAUUACUGAAGUUGCGCUGAUGCUAAUGAUGAGGCAAGGACCCAUAAGCCCCUACGUCAUCCAACUAUAUGAGUGGUUUGAGCACCCUCAAGUAUUCACUCUCAUUAUGGAGAAUCCGGAUCCCUGCGAGAGCUUGUUUGACUUCAUCAACAACAAUCCAAACAUGAAUGAGAAGACAGCACAGUUCAUCAUGUGUCAGGCGGUGCAAGCAGUACAGCACUGCAUUGAGCGCGGUGUUUUUCAUAACGAUAUUCAUCCAGAGAAUAUCCUGUUGAGAAAACACACUUUGGAGCUCAAGUUGAUAGACUUUGGCUGUGGUCAACUACUUAGUAGUAAUGGCUAUGAUUGCAGGCAAUAUAGAGGAAUACAGGCUUACUUCCCACCUGAACUCUUCACCUGUGGCAAAUUCCAUGCCGUCUCUACAAAUGUCUGGGCUCUAGGUGUGCUGUUGUAUGAGAUGGUGAACACAUGUUCUCCAUUUUGCAAUAUAACGGAAAUCACGAAAGCCAAAAUUAGGUUUGAAAACCCAGAUUUAUCCAAAGAAUGCCGUGAUCUGAUUGUCCAGUGCCUAAACCGUGAUCCAGCUGAACGGCUGACCCUCGAGCAGAUCUUGCAGCAUGACUGGUGUAAAACAGUGGAUCUAAAACGAAGAGAGUCAGAGGAUUGAAACGUCAUUGGUUUCAGAGUUGAGACUGUGACACUAGAUUUGUGCUGUCAUCUUCAAUUCUGAAUCAUAUAUGAUGUAAAUUUAAAAUAAGAUCAGUGAAGGUUGGACACACCUUCCAGUGAAAAAGCAUAUGAAUUCACAUGCUGAUGGAAACUGGAAACUCAAGCCCUCAUAAUUGCUUACAGGAAUACAGGCUUACUUCCCACCUGAACUCUUCAUCUGUGGCAAAGUCCACGCCAUCUCUAUAAACGUCUGGGCUCUAGGAGUGCUGUUGUAUGAGAUGGUGAAAGUGUUCUCCAUUUC